CCAGAGAGAUAGGCAGGCACUAGUAAGAAAGAAAGCAACCAACCAACCAAAGCAAGCCAAGUACUCCUCAUUCAUCCCUGUGGGCUGUGGCCGCCAUGGACCCCUUUCUCGCCGUUGCCCCCCUCCUCCCCACCACGACGGGCAAGCCACUCGCCGGCGUCUCCGACUACCGCGGCCGCCCCGUGUACCGCCGCAACUCCGGCGGAUGGCGAUCCGCGCUCUUCGUAGUCGCGGUGGAGAUCGCGGGGAGCUUCGCCUACUUCGGCAUCUCCGCCAACCUCAUCACCUACCUGACGGGCCCGCUCGGCCACUCCAACGCCUCCGCCGCCGCCGCCGUCAACGCCUGGUCGGGGACGGCCAGCCUGAUGCCGCUGCUGGGCGCCUUCCUCGCCGACGCCUACCUGGGACGCUACCGCUCCGUCAUCCUCGCAUGCUCCCUCUACGUCCUGGGGUACAGCAUGCUCACACUGUCGUCGACUCUGCCGGGGCUGCGGCCGUCGCCGACGUGCACGGACGGCAACUCCUUGCUCAGCUGCAAGCCUGGGUGGGCGCAGGUGGCCUUCUUCUACGUGUCCCUCUACCUCGUCGCCCUGGCGCAGGGCGCCGAUAAGCCCUGCGGCCUGGCCUUCGCCGCGGAUCAGUUCGACGCCGACCACCCAAAGGAGCGCGCCUCCCGCGGCUCCCUCUUCAACUGGUGGUUCUUCUGCAUGGCCGUCGGCAUAUCUGUCGCCGUCUCACUCGUCGGCUACAUCCAGGAGAACGUGGGAUGGGGCGUCGGCUUCGGCACUCCCUGCGCCGUCGUGCUCUGCGCCUUCACCGUUUUCCUGCUCGGCACCCCCACCUACCGCGUCUACGCGCCCACGACCUCUGGUGGCGAGUCCCCCUUCGUCCGCCUCGCCCGCAGCCUCGCCGCCAAAACAGGAGGUCGUCAUCUCCUUGCUUCGGACUCCCAGUCCCAGGAGGAAGAAGAAGAAGAAGCAGCAGCAGCAGCAGAUGCCCGUUGCGUGCUUCGGCUGCUGCCCAUCUGGGCGACGAGCCUGGCGUACGGCGUGGUGUACGCGCAGAUCAUGACGCUUUUCAACAAGCAGGGCCGCACCCUGGACCGCCGCAUCGGCGGCGGCCUGGAGCUGCCACCCGCGGCGCUGCAGACGUUCGGGCCGGCGAGCAUCCUGCUGUUCGUGCCCAUCUACGACCGCGCGCUGGUGCCGGCGCUCCGCUGGGCGACGGGCAACCCGUCAGGGCUGAGCAUGCUGCAGCGCGUGGGCGCGGGCAUGGCGACGUCCCUGGCGGCGGUGUCGGUGGCAGCGCUGGUGGAGGGCCGGCGGCUUGCGACAGCGCGGGAGCACGGGCUGGUGGACGAUCCUGGAGCGACGGUGCCGAUGAGCUGGGUCUGGCUGGUGCCGCAGUACGCGAUGAUGGGGGUGGCGGACGUGCUGGCGGUGGUGGGGCUGCAGGAGCUCUUCUACGACCAGAUGCCCGACGGCCUCCGAAGCCUGGGGCUGGCGCUCUACCUCAGCGUCAUGGGCAUUGGCGGCUUCAUCAGCAGCUUCCUCAUCUCGCUCAUCGACGGCAUCACCGGGAGGAGCGGCGGAGACAGCUGGUUCGCGGACAACCUGAACCGCGCGCACCUGGACUACUUCUACUGGCUGCUGGCGGCGCUGAGCGCCGUGGAGCUCGCGCUCUUCCUCUGCUUCGCGCGCUCCUACGUCUACAAGCGCUACAGCCUCAUCUCCUCCUCCGUAAACCAAAAAUAACUAGCUGGUACCCCGUCCGUUGCCACGGGUGUUAGGAGUUGUCCACAUAUUUAUGUAUCAAUAAUAUUUUGACUAGCUACAAUAUAUCCUAUAAUAUACAUGACAAAAGGUCCGUUGAUAUUAGA